AUGACCGCCUCCGACGGCGCGUCCUCCAUCUCCGUCACCGUUCGGGUCCGUCCAUUCACAAUCCGAGAAGCUGCCCAGUUAGCGAAAACCGACGACGGGCCCUUUUUCCUCGGUGAUGGCUCACUCGCCUGUGCGCCCACUCCUCAGCUGAAGCAAAAGGGUCUAAAACCGGUCAUCAAGGUCGUCGACGAUAAGUGCUUAGUGUUUGACCCUCCAGACGACAACCCGGUGCAGCGCCUGAGAUCCCAAGGACCGCAGGGAAAGCGAGUCAAAGACCAGACUUUUGUUUUCGACAAGGUGUUCGACGAAAACACCACCCAGGGCGAUGUGUACGAAGCGACCACGAAGACACUACUGGACAGUGUGCUGGAAGGAUACAAUGCGACGGUGUUUGCGUAUGGCGCGACUGGCUGCGGAAAGACACACACCAUUACCGGCACGGCACAGGCGCCUGGCAUCAUAUUCCUCACGAUGCAGGAGCUGUUUGAGCGGAUACAGGAUGUACAAGAAGAGAAAGUAACAGAGAUAUCGCUGUCCUACCUGGAGAUCUACAACGAGACGAUACGUGAUCUGCUGGUACCGGGCGGGAGCAAGCAGAGCCUGAUGUUGCGCGAAGAUGCGAAUCAAGCAGUGUCGGUAGCUGGCUUGACGAGUCACCAUCCUCAAAAUGUACAAGAAGUGAUGGACAUCAUCGUACGAGGCAACGAAUACCGAACAAUGUCACCCACCGAAGCCAACGCCACCUCCUCGCGCUCGCACGCCGUACUCCAGAUCAACGUCUCACAGAAAGACCGAAACGCAGAUGUCAACGAGCCCCACACCAUGGCUACCCUAAGCAUCAUCGAUCUUGCAGGAAGCGAACGUGCCAGUGCGACGAAGAACCGCGGCGAGCGGCUGCUCGAAGGCGCCAACAUCAACAAGUCUCUCCUUGCGCUCGGAAGCUGUAUCAAUGCGCUCUGCGACCCUCGGAAGCGCAACCAUGUCCCGUACCGCAACUCGAAACUUACCCGUUUACUGAAGUUCUCCCUCGGCGGCAACUGUCGAACUGUGAUGAUUGUCUGCGUCAGUCCCUCUAGCGCGCAUUUCGAUGAGACGCAGAACACGCUCCGGUACGCGAAUCGCGCGAAGAACAUCCAGACCAAGGUGACGAAGAACGUUUACAACGUCAACCGCCACGUGAAGGACUACCUUAAGAAAAUUGACGAGCAGCGCAUUCUCAUUGAUGAGCUGAAAGCAAGAGAGAAGGACCAAGAGAGAGUCUACUUUGACAAAUUCCACAAAUCAACCGAGAAGAGGGAUGGCAUUGUCCGAGACGGCAUUUCAAGGAUACGCAGUGCAUACGAGUUCUCAGCCGCGGAACGACAGGAGAGGAUCAAUACUAUGAAGAGACUCCGGCAAGUGGAGCGCAGAAUUUCCAUGCUCUCUGCGUGGAUAGCUGGCUUCGACGCUGUGACGGAAAUCAGAGAAGACGAGGAACCUCCGAAAAACCUGGUAGCAACGCGCAAGACUGCUUUAGGUAUACAGGCCGAACUGGAGAGCAGCCGGCAGCAUUACCACCAGCGGCUGGCGAAGAACAAUUGGGAACGCGCCGUAGAGACCGCAGUGCAGACCGGCUUGAGGCAAUUGAAAGAGAGCGACGGGGCCAGCGACGGAAGCGAGGCUUCGAGCUUGAUCCGCGAAGCAGAGCUACUGAGAUCAAAUGCCGACCGAGAAGCCUACACGAGCGUCCUGGAGCAGGAGAAAGGCGGCGAUGCAGCCAUCAUGCAAGUCCUGCUGCAAGCACACUUCGAAACUAUCGCAAUCCUCGGCCAGAUCAUGAUAAUGGACGAAGCGGAAGCGGUAAAGGCGGCGAGAAACCUGCUAGGAAAGAUAAGCACCGCUUGCUUAGACGCAACGUCCCAAGUCAUCAAGCCGGAUGGUGGCCUACCUAUCACCGAAGCAUUCCCGCCCACGAAGUCCGGUACGCCUAAGAGGAAGAAGGCGGCAAAUCUGAUGGCUCCUUCCCCAAUGCGAGCACCGAUAUCCAGACCGAGUCUGCUGGAUGCGCCUCAUCUGGGCUCGUCUCCGAUGAAAGGCUCUCCCAGGAGGCGUAAGAUGGGCGGUGCGAAGAAAGGAGUAACCUUCACCCCGAAGAAGAAAUCCCCGGUCAAGAGCCUGAAACGCGGCGUCCGAUGGAAAGAUGACACUGAAGACGGCGCUCUAGCUGAAUUCCAAGUGACGCCGCAGCCCAUCGAGUCGACACCUGAGCAAUCGACUGUCGAGCUCCAACCACCCCCGUUACCAACCCUUGUCUCCGCCUCCGAUCUCGAAUCCUCCCCCGUCCCCGCACCACCGGAAACCUCCCUCGACGCCAAACCCACCAGCUCCCGCUUCCAAACAGGCUUCCUGUCCAAGAAAUCUCAAGGCUCUCCCGCACCCCCAACACUAAGCUAUCUCUCCUCCGACUCCGAGCACUCCCCCCUCCGCGAGAUGGCCGCAAACAGCGCACCCCACCGCUCAUCGCUGCACCACGUCUACACCGCCUCCGCCUCCUCGGACGUAACACCAGCAGACAGCGGCGGCAACUCCUCAUCCUCGGACGAAGCUGAGAAAUCCUGGGGCCUCGACGGCGCGGACGCGAAGAAGAUCCGCACGGCUAUAAAGCGCACCUCGUCCUCAGGCCGGGACAGCAGGACGCAUAGAAGGAGAAGCCCGACCGCGACGGCGCAGGGAAGCCCGCCGAACGAGAACGCGCUGUUCACGGCGAGUCAUGCACGGCGGAUGGGCACGCGGGAGCGGGAGGAAGCGCGGAUGAGCGUGCUGAGUCCGAGGACGGCGCCGGUUGUUAAGACGGGUGCGAGGAGGACGACGACGAUGGGGGAAGAGAGGGGGAGGGAGAGGGAGGGGGUCAGGAGCGGGCAUGUGCGGGUUUCAAGUACAACGCCGACGCCGGGGAGUGUGAGGGGGAGUAUCAUGAAUAGCAAGGGCGUGUGGCGGUAG